AUGAGGGGACGGGGUGGUCCCUACCGUUCUUCUUGGGCCCCGGGGGGAUUUCCUGCGAGGGUGCUCUCACGGAGGCCUUGCUCGAUCGAUGAUCGGCGGCAGCCUCGCGUGGCGUCCCUGCCUGCGGCGGUGUUCUCCGUCGUUCUCGAGCGAAAGCGCCACCACCGGGACCGAGGCGGAGCGGCGGAUUUGGCGCCGGCAGACCUGGAAACCCUGAUCGCCGACUGCCCCGUGCGGCCGAAGACCUCGAUUGUCCUCAAAUCGGGAUCCGUAGCAGUGAAGCUCUUCUUCCCCGCGUGGCCUGAUGCCCUCGAGUCGGCCGUCUACUUCUGGGGCCGCCGCCUCGACGGCGCCCACGAGAUGGCCGUUCGGGUUCUGUCCAACGUGCCGACUAACGACGAGGUCUGCGACCGCGCCGAGGAGGCCGUUCGCCUCCGCAACCUCUUCGCCGGGCACGCGCGCGGCUUGCUGGCAUGCGAGUCGGUCAGGCGGUGCGAUCAGAGGAUCGAGGAGGUGUCCGCCGAAAUCAGGAAGCUGUCGGAGUCCAUGAAGAAUCGAACAAAGCUUCCUCUCUUCCUGGAGCGUAUGGCCCGGCGGAGUCGUCUCGAGGAAGAAAGAGAUCAGCUCAGGCAGAAGCGGGGGGAGUUUCAGGCAGGGCUGCGCUCCAUUUUGACCCUCCUCGGCGAGGAGGCAGGAGGAGAGGGCAGUGUAGGAAAGGAGGAAGGAGAUGGAGUGGAGGUUUUUGGGGCCAGGGGAGAAUUGGACUGGAACCAGAUACACUGGCUGCUAAUUCGGGAACGCAGGAGGCUGGAUGAGGGACUACCCAUAUUUGCUUACAGGAGGAAGAUACUGAACGUGAUAAAUUCAAACCAGGUAUCUUGGUUCCAUACUCUGCUUCGACCCCAUGACUGUUAGUUCUGGUUUGAGGGCUUGAAUCAGCCAUUUUCUGAUAGAUUUAGGCUAGUUUCUCCCAUCUAAGCUAAUGCAAUGAAUUGACUGACAAAAGAGGAGUUUAUUUUUCUGCUCAAUUGGUAUCUGAUUAUAGCAAGGGUCUCAUUGCAAUUGCCAUCACCCAUAGACUCAACUGGCCCUGACUCAUGGGUCACAAAAAUCUAACUUGGAUAGUUUAAGAAUGCAGAAUAAUGUGUUGCAUUGGGUUGAAUUUUUUUUGCAGAUGUUGUGGAUGGAAAAGGUGCCUGAAUGGCCCAUAUACCAUAAUUAUUCUAGAGAAACUGAAUUAUAAUAGAAAUGGUGACUGAGACUUGGCCCCUUGAAUAUGACAAACCCACCAUCUUAUGCUGUUGCCAUUCAUAGUUCAGACCAAAAUUUUCUGUUAUAGUUCCCAGAAAAUAUAUCGUCAACAUGGAUUGAAAUGGUAGCCACUGUAUGCCUUCGUCGUCCCUCACAUCAUAAACCUUUUACCCAACUAGAACUCUCUGUUGCAAUGUUUAAUGAAUAUCAGUGAGCUGAAUUUCUCAACUGUUAAGCAUAUUUAUGUACAUAAACCUUGAUCAGAAUUUUCAAAUAUGUGUGUUCGAUUUUUCCACCUCCAUGUGGAUCAAUCUAUUUAAUCCAAUCAUGGGAAAAUCGGAAUCAGACUGGUCCGACUCCAAUUCAAUCUCUUGGCCGUUUUAAAAUUGUUCAUGUCCUUCUUAGAAUUCAUACAGAAGCUUCAAAAACGCAUGCCAAGUCCGUGAAAUCCACAAGACUGAUGAUGCAUACACGUUUGAGGGCCCACCCACUGAAGUCUGACCUCGGUUUCAUCACUAUACGUCAUUGUUUAAUUUGAAUGGCCAUUAAUUCUCGAAUUUACCCCUCACAAGAAUUGCAUGAUGCCCUCAUAGAAGUUGGGUUUCUCCCUUCUCGACCUCAUGGCUGGCUUUUCUUCAUGCAGGUUGUGAUAUUGGUAGGGGAGACUGGUUCAGGAAAGAGCACGCAGAUCGUUCAGUUUCUUGCCGAUGCAUGGCUGGACACCCCCGGGUCGAUCAUCUGCACUCAGCCCCGUAAGAUCGCGGCCGUCUCUCUGGCUCAGAGGGUCUCUGAGGAAAGCCACGGCUGCUGUCAAGAUGACCUGGCGACUUCAUAUGUGACGUACUCGCCCGCCGCCAGGGCCUUCAAGUCCAAGGUGGUCUUCACAACGGACCACUGUUUCUUGAAGCACAUGAUGAACGAUGCGAGCUUGACCGGGGUCUCCCAUGUCCUCGUGGAUGAAGCCCAUGAGAGAAGCCUAAACACCGACCUGAUCCUGGCCCUUGUGAAGAGCCUCCUCUUGCGGCGACUGGACCUGAGGCUCAUUGUGAUGUCCGCCACGGUCGAUGCCAGAAGGCUCUCUGACUACUACUUUGGCUGCCUCACCUUCCCCGUCGCAGGGAGGGCCUUCCCGGUGGAGGUGAAGUACGUCCCCACUGCCUCCAUUGAGUUCCCCCCAGCCGCCACUUCAAAGCAGGAGGUAUCCUGCGGUUCAGCAGACUAUGUCGCCGAUGUCGUGAAGAUGGUGGGUUUGAUCCACCGGACUGAGGAAGACGGAGCUGUUCUUGCGUUCCUGACAUCUCAGAUGGAGGUGGAGUGGGCGUGUGAGCGGUUCGAGGCUUCUUCUUCGGCCGUCGUGCUGCCACUGCAUGGGAAGCUCUCUCGUGAGGAGCAGCACCGGGUCUUCCAGAGCUUCCCAGGGAAGAGAAAGGUGAUCUUCUCCACGAAUAUAGCUGAAACUUCUCUCACAAUCCCAGGGGUCAAGUACGUGGUUGACUCCGGCGUGGUCAAAGAGAGCAGAUUCGAGCCCGGCAGCGGGAUGAACGUGCUCAGGGUCUGCAGGAUCAGCCAGAGCUCCGCCAGGCAACGCGCUGGACGGGCAGGGAGGGCAGAGGCCGGCAAGUGUUACAGGCUCUACUCCGAGAGUGAAUUCCAGUCCAUGGCCAUGCACGAAGAGCCCGAGAUUCGCAAGGUCCACCUCGGCAUUGCAGUUCUCAGGAUCAUCGCUCUGGGUGUGAAGAAUGUGCAGGAGUUUGACUUUGUCGACUCUCCGGAUCCGAAGUCAGUCGACUCGGCCAUUCAGAAUUUGAUCCAGCUUGGUGCCGUCGUCACAACAGGAGAAGGGUUCGAGUUGACCGACACUGGCCGAUCCAUGACUAAGCUGGGCAUCGAACCGCGUUUGGGGAAGAUGAUCCUCGACUGCCACAGCCGAGGGUUGAGCAAGGAGGGCGUCGUCCUCGCUGCCGUCAUGGCGAACGCCAGCAGCAUCUUCUGCCGGGUCGGCACCGACGAGGAGAAGCUCAGAGCCGACUGCCUCAAGGUGCCCUUCUGCCACCGCGACGGCGACCUCUUCACCCUGCUCUCCGUCUAUCAGGAGUGGGAACGGGCGCAGGAGAGCAAGAACAGGUGGUGCUGGCAGAACAGCAUCAACGCAAAGUCAAUGCGGCGAUGCCAGGAGACGGUGGGGGAAUUGGACCUCUGUCUCUACAACGAGCUGAACAUCGUCGUCCCAACUUACUGGAAGUGGGGAAAGCAGAAUAGUUCUUCUGAGUACUGCAAGCUACUGAAGAAGGUCGUCCUCUCCUCCCUUGCCGAGAAUGUGGCGAUGUUCUCAGGCUGCGACAGGCUCGGGUAUCAAGUGGCGUCUUCUGGUCAACACCUGCAGCUCCACCCCUCCUGCUCGUUGUUCGUCUACGGGAAGAUGCCGACUUGGGUCGUCUUUGGUGAGAUCUUGUCGGCGAAGAGGCAGUAUCUGGUCUGCGUGACGGCCGUUGACUUUGACUGUCUGUACGGGAUGCAGCCGCCUCCUCCGUUUGACCUCAUUCGCCUGCUGGGGAAGAUGAUGAAGAGGAACGAGAUCAUCGGUGUCAGCCGCACCGUCCUGAGCCGGCUCUGCGGCAGGGGAAACAGCAAUCUCCGGGGGCUCUGUUCCCGCGUUCAGAGGGCCUGCGGGGACGAGCGGAUCAGGAUCGAGGUUGACUUCGACAGGGGGGCGAUCCAGCUGCACGCCUCGCCGGAGGACGUCGACAAGGUCAACGCCCUCAUCAACGACGCACUGGACCACGAGACCAAGUACCUGAGGAACGAGUGCACGGAGAAGCGCCUGUUCCCCAGCGAUUCCCCUCCGACGGCCCUCGUCGGCGCCGGCGCGGAAAUCAGGCAUCUCGAGCUCGAUGGGCGGCGUCUGACGGUGGAGAUCUGCCACCCGGCCGCUCACUCCCUGGACGACCUCGAGCUUCUGAUGGCCGUUGACCGCCACGUCUCCGGCGGAAUCGCCACUGUCCACAGGUACGGCGGCGGCGCGCCCGCCGCCGCCAGCUCGCCGGAGGCAGCUUCUGAUGGGAGCAGGUGGGGGAAGAUCACAUUUCUCAGUCCAGAUGACGCAGAGACGGCCGUCUCGGUGAUGGACGGGAUGGAGCUUCAGGGGUCUCCCUUGAAGGUUCGUAUGCUCAAGUCGACCUUUGCCGGCGACGGUCUCCCCUUCGCCGCCGUGACGGCGAAGAUCUUCUGGCCGCGGCGGCCCAGCAAGGGGGUGGCGAUGGUGAAGUGCUCGCCGGCGGACGCCGCCGCCAUCGCCGGCGACCUCGCGGGCCUGGUGAUCGGAGUAAGACCCGUCCGCGCCGAGGUCAGCCAGAAGUACGACGACUGCGUGGUCGUCGGCGGGAUUGGCAGGGACGUCUCGGAGGAGGAGAUCUUCGAGGUCCUCGGCGGCGCUACGUCGAGGAGGAUCGCCGCCGUCCGCCUGCUGCGCGGCGUCGCCGUCGAGCAGCCGUCCGCGAAGGCGUGCGAGGAGGCGCUGCUCAGGGAGAUGUCCCCCUUCAUGGCCGGCAAGCUCCUUCCCUCCGGAAGGGCCCUCCGGGUGCAGGUCUUCGAGCCGGCGCCGAUGGACCACCUCAUGAGGGCCCUCAUCUCCUUCGAUGGGAGCCUGCAUCUGGAGGCGGCGAGAGCUCUGACCCGUCUCGGCGGGAUGACCCUCCCCGGCUGCCAGCACUGGCAGAGGAUCCAAUGCCGGCAGGUCUUCCGGAGCUCCUUGACCUGCCCCUCCCACGUCUACCACGCCAUCAGAACUCAGCUGGAUUCCCUCCUCGAAAGCCUCAAUCGGCUCCGAGGUACAUUGUCUGUGUCUGUCCCUGUAUGUUCGUUCUCUCAGAAGAGUAGCUCGAUGUUGAAGACGACGAUGAAUUUUACAAGGUGGAAGCUGUGGCAUGUUUUCUCAGGUGUGGAGGUCGGUCUGGAGAAGAAUGACAACGGGCUGUAUCGCGUGAGGAUCUCUGCGAACGGGACGAAGACCAUCGCCGACCUGCGGCGGCCGCUAGAGGAGCUGAUGAAAGGGAAGACAGUGGCCCACCCGGAGCUCACACCGGCGGCGACCCAGCUCUGCUGCUCCCGCGACGGCGCCGCCGCGAUGAAGUCUCUGGAGCGGGAGUCGGGGACCUUCAUCCUCUACGACAAGCGGAGCUCCGGGACGAUCCGCAUCUUCGGACCGCCGCCGGCGGUGGCGGCGGCGGAGAGUAAGCUGGUGCGGUCCCUGCUGGCGCUCCAUGAGAGCCGGCAGCUCGAGGUCCCCCUCCGCGGCGGCGACCUCCCGGCGGAGCUGAUGAAGGAGGUGGUGCAGAAGUUCGGGCCGGAUCUGCGCGGGCUCGAGGAGAGGGUCCCCGGGGCGAGCUUCCUCCUCCACACCCGCCGCCACGUCCUGCAGAUCCGCGGUCGCUUGGAGCACCGCCGGAAGGUGGACCAGAUCAUCGCCGAGCUCGCCGGCGACUGCGGCGGCCGGGCAACGCGGCCGUCGCCGUCCGACGACGAGUGCUGCUGCCCGAUCUGCCUUUGCGAGCUGGAGGACCCCCACCGGCUGGAAGGCUGCGGUCACCGCUUCUGCCGGAGCUGCCUGAUGGAGCAGCUGGAGUCGGCCAUCAGGACCCGAGAGGGCUUCCCGCUGAGCUGCCUGGCGGCGCGUGGCGGCUGCCGAGUGCCCAUCCUGCUCGUUGACCUGCGGUGCCUGCUCCCUCCCGGAACCUGUAAGCUGGAGGAGCUCUUCAGGGCCUCGGUGGCGGCGUUCGUCGCCGGCAGCGGCGGCGCUUACAGGUUCUGCCCCUCGCCGGACUGCCCGGGGGUGUACAAGGUGGCGGAGGAAGAGGCGGCUGCGGCGCCGUACGCCUGCGGAGCCUGCUCGGCGGAGACCUGCAGGAGGUGCCACCUGGAGUACCAUCCGUGGGUGUCUUGCCGGCGGUACAGGGAACUCAAGGAGGACCCGGAUGUCUCCCUGGAGGAGUGGCGGCGGGGGAAGAACAACGUGAAGAACUGCCCCUCCUGCGGCCACGCCAUCGAGAAGACCGACGGCUGCAGCCACGUGGAGUGCCGCUGCGGCGAACACAUCUGCUGGGAGUGCCUCCGGACCUUCCCCUCCGGCGACGACUGUUACGCCCACCUCCGCUCCGUCCACCUUGCCUCCCUCUAG